UAGGGAUGCCACAUUUGGAUUUCCGAAUCGAAUCGAUUCGAAUCGUUGCCUUUUCGAAUCGAUUCGAAUCGCACUCGGGCGAUUCGAAAAACGAUAACGUGGCUUUACAAAAAAUAACGCCGACUCUCGAUUUUAUUAACGGCGGUUGUCUUCCAGCUAUGCGAACGGAUAUGAUUUCACUCGAAAGCAAACAAAUAAGCGCUCGUCCGGCUAUCUCUCUCGAAUGAAUUUGCGCUUUAUAAUGGGAUACAGUUCUUUGUUUGAUGAAAUUAGCAUUCAUUUCAACGACGAAAGAUAUAUUUUAGAGAGUGAUUUGCCUUCUUUUUUUCGGCGAAGUGCUCUCGUUUUGCGUUAGUUUUGCAGUGGGGAACACACACCAGCGAGACAUCUGCUAGUGGUCUGCAAAACUCUUUGCUCGCUCGCAAAGUCGAAUUCACAUAUCGCCCGGGCUUCUUUGAUGCGUAAUUUUACGACAACAAUUUUCAACAGGUCUGAACAUUGGUUUAUUUCUUUAUUGUAUUUGAGAGUGAGUAUUGAGCGAUGUCGCAAUAUGUUUGUCUUGCACGCUAUUGGCUGCUGCAAUCGACCGACGUCGACCCUUGCUCUUUAGUUAGUAUCUUGUAUUGCUCUCUGUUGUGCGUGAGCGAGACGAGCUGUGAUGGCGCAAUCGGCAGUCAUCUGCUUUGCCGGUCCUUUAGGAUUUAGUUGAGUGUGCGUUUUGUGAGUUAUUAGAUUUCUGCUAUUGUUAUUAUUUAGUUGGGAAUCAAUAGGUUAGGAUAGGAUGGGACUUAUUGCGUGUUAUAUUUACUAACUGUUCUGUAUUUAGUUAUUUAAUCCUGGAAUCUAUCAAUAUUUGUUACCGGUAACAGUAAAACUCAGCGUGGGGUAGUCUACAAACUCUGUGUGCCAUUUGCGAGUGUUAUUGCCGUAUUGUUCUGUCGUGUUGUCAAGCGGAAUAUUACAACAAGUUUUUUCAGUGUUCUUCUGAGGUGUUGGGUUCAACAAUUCAGUGGUUCAAGACUGAGUGGGGACUGAUUGUUACAAGUUUGCAUUGCAAAUUGUAGGAGAACCGGGACGUGGUACUUGACAGGGUGCCAUGCGCUGCUGUUAAACUCAUUGGACUGCAAAAUGUGCGGCCAGGCAUCGGUAGCUUACUAGUAUAACUUAAUUAUAUGACUAUUUGCAAUGCAUUUUUAUUAUUCAGAAUGUCUAAUAUCAGUAGUAGUUUUAAAAAAAUAACACCUAGGCGGCAGGGACGGCGCCCCAAUUCCUUAGUCUGGGAACAUUUUUCUCGCCCGUCAAAAGAGGAGGGAUAUUCAUAUGUGAUUUGCAACUUCUGUAAAGAGAAGUUGUCAUACUGCGAGUCUACCGGCAAUCUUUUGAACCACCUCAGAAGAAGACAUGCAUUCAUCAACACUGAUUCAGUGCAUACAUCAAAGUGCUGCGCGGCACUUAGUGCAACACUUUAGAAGGUCAGCAAAAUGCAUGACAGCGUUGCGACGCCAUGCUCAGUCGGCAGACACUGAAAUAAAAAACAUUGAGAUGCCGAUAGACGUUUCAACCAGGUGGAACUCCACAUUUGCUAUGAUAGCAAAUCUUGUGAAAAACCAGUGGAUAAUUCGUUCGGUACUGGCUGAUCCAACAAUUGUCCCACGAGCGACAGCAGUCAGUCUUGAACUAAAGGACAACCACUGGAGCUUGCUGAGAGAAAUUUCUAUCAUAUUGAAACCAUUCAAGACAGCCUCUGAUCACCUUGAAGGAAGUAAUUAUGUGACGAUGUCAUCUUUGCUACCAAUUGCAAAAGGUUUAGUGGGUCAGUGUGAAGAACUCCUUGUCGAUGAGCUUCAGCUAUCGGCAUCAAAGACCUUCUGUUCGACCAUUCUCAGUUCGUUACACACUAGAUUCUCAGAUGUCAUGUCAACUUCAGUACAAAGCGAAGGAGUAAGCAUUUACCACAAGUCCACCUGGUUGAAUCCCUUUCACAAGGGCAAAUUUUUCAGCAGACAGAUGCGAGUCUCGGUGCGGAUAGCUGUUGAAACUGAAGCAGAUACUUCUACGGCUCAGGAUGAAUCACGUCAUGGACCCCUGCCACAAAUGGAUCAUAGUCAAGAGCAAAUGGAAACCGUGAAUUCAUCUAGUGAAAUUCAUGGACUUUUUGAGAGAGGCCUAGAGAACUCUGGCAGUUCUUCAGACUCGGAAAGUUCAAAUAUUGUGUCAGAGGAAAUAGCUUGGUACUUAAAACGAAAGGUUGAUGAUAAAGAGUCACCACCUGCACCAUUGACCUGGUGGGAUAACAAUGGAGCCCGUGCCCCUUUGCUCAAGAGAAUGGCAGUGAAGUAUCUGAGUGUACCCGCAACCUCGGCUGCUUCAGAAAGGGCUUUUUCUUCUGCUGGACUGACUGUUUCACAGUUGAGAUCACGACUAACGAGUGCCCAUGUUAAUGAACUCAAUUUUCUCUACUGCAAUAAGAAAUUGUUGGAGUGAAACAAUAUCUUCUUCAAAUUUUGCCUUUUUCGCGAACUUGACACACAAUAUCGCAGGUUCUGACAGGGGGGGGGGGGGGAUGUUUUAGGCACGAUUUGAAGUUUUGCAUGUUAUUUUGGAAUUUGUUUUCAGAUAACAGAUUAUAUUUCAUUUUCCACUGGCAUUUUGUUUUUGCUGUAAUAGUGUAUUGUUUGGGUGCCAUGUCAGCAUUAGAGGUGACGCAGUUUGGGUAAUUUUUUAGCGAUGAAAAAAAAAAAAAAAACAUUUCCGGAAUCAGAUUCGGAAAGAUUCGAUUCGAAAAUUUUCGAUUCGAGAUUCGAUUCG